UAUAUCGAACGCACUCAUUGCACGAACACAAUUGGGGUAUUUCAAGUGCCUUGUAUGUGACCGUAGUUUGUGAAUAGGGUCCAUUCUUCUUGUUUUCACCUGGGUAGUUAGCGGUAGUUUUGAGUGAGAUGACGGCGUCUGCAGGUGAACAGUUCCACCGCAUGACAGAGAAUGUUUACCGGAACACAAUCGAAGGAUUUAAUCCAGAAUUACGGAGCCUCAUUACACUCGGAAGAGCAUAUGAAAAAGCAUCACAAAAUGUCACUCAAGUUGCCAAAGAUUACUACGAUGCGUUGAUGAGAGUUGGAGAACUGGCGAGUGAAAGCAAAAGUGCCAGACAGAUAGGUCAGUCGCUGCUACAAAUUGCUGAAACCUACAAACAAAUAGAAGCUGAACGAGAAAUCACAUUACACGCUUUCAGGAAGGAGCUUCUUAAUCCCAUCGAGGCUAAGAUUGAAGAGGAUUGUAAGGCGCUACUCCAAGCUCAGAAGACGUACCAGAAUGAGAAUAAAGCAAAAUCUGAGGCUGUUGACAAGUGUAGGACUGAGUUGAAGAAGAUUCAGAAAAAGGCAUCCAAGAACCACAGCGAGAAGUACGUAGAGAAAGAGCAGAAGAGCUCGGAGGAGUUACAGCAUCUCACGAAACAGCUUUAUGACUUCCGUAAUGAGGGUCUUAGAGAUGUGUGGUCCAAGGAGAGAAAACGAUAUUGUCACGUCGUGGAGAGAUACUGUUCCCUCAUUAAGAAUGACUCGGCGUUCUACAGCAAAGCUCAGAGUGUUCUCCGACAUCGGAUGCCAAAAUGGACCGAGUCCUGUGCCAAAGUAGAGAAGCUCACCGAGGAAUGCGAAGACACACUCAGCACUGUGUACUCUGGCCCCCUGGGAAAUCCACUUCAGAUGGAAUUAAGAAGCUCCAAACGUCUCUACGAGCGCAACAUCCUGCUCGCACAGAGCGAGGGACACAAAGGGAAAGAAAAGGUUCCAACGCCAGGGCAGUCUCAUGAGGCACCAGAGCGACCUUCUUCAACCGACAUGACCGACGCCCAUUCCUCUGCCAAUUACUGCAGUGCCACCUUGCCCAACCCUAAGAGAGAUAAAGGCUCUGGGAUCCGCCACACUAAAUCCAUGAUCCAACAUAUCCCCCAGGGAGGUGUUAGUGUAACAUCAUUGCCACGGAAUUCCUUCUUACGCAGAGUAUCCGAAGGUGGGGAUAAUAUCUCCGCGGACGUCCAGAAACUGACCAAAGUACAAGCCAUGUACAGUCACAUUGCCAGCACUGAAAGUCAACUCAACUUCAACGAGGGUGAUAUCAUCGGACUGGUCGGACCAAAGAACAACGGCUGGUACUAUGGACACAAUUACCACUCCAAGAGAAGCGGCUGGUUCCCAAUAGCUUAUACCCACCCUGUACAGACCAAUGAUAAUGAACAGAAUGGAAGCAGAAGCCCAUCGACUCAUGUGACUCAGAAUCCACUAUCAACUAGUACCCCGCCUCCCCUUCCUCCACUCUCCAGCAACCCAGCCUUCAACAAAGGCAUGGCAGCCAGCUUGGACAACAUACUGGAUGGCAGGAACCAGUACCCGUCACCAGACUAUGGCGGUGGCAGGAACAGCCCCGGUGUGGCACCUGCGGCCUCUACCAUGUCUUUACCGCACUCUCUACUGCAAGGGGCACAUACUAACCACGCACAUCAGGCUGAAGGUCACCAUGGAACAGAGGGUACCAACGGCAUCGGUCAUAGGUCACCAACCAGCAGUAUCUCUAGCUCUGCCUCUAUGCCGUCUCAACCAUCCAGAGAUAAUGCCAGCAUUGAGGAAGAAGAUAGCUCUGUUUUUUCGAGCGUACAGCUACGCAGGACCGUCACAAACGACCGCUCGGCCCCUCUCAUCCCAAAGGACUACUCAAUGAAUGAGCUCCCAAGCGAUUCUAAGUAGUUUACACUUUGCAAAGUGGAAUAUUGAGAAAGUCUGAAAUGAGUUAAGAGAUGUAAAAAAGAAAAAAAAGGAAAAUGCGAAAUAGGAGAAGCUAUGCACAACUCAGGUAAGAAGCCCAUCAACAUGCUUGUGCCUGGACCUACCUCCUAAAGAAGUUCAGACUCGUACAAAGUGACAAUCAACUCUUCCACCAAGUGCCUUCCAAGAUUGAUCAAAUUGAAGAGGUUAUAUACAAAUCUUUAUAUAUGUAUAAACAAAUAUAUAUAUUGUACGAUUAUUGAUUACUUUUUAUGCACAAUUUUAUAUAACAUUUAUUUUUCACAACUCAACAAUGGAUAUUCUAAGGGCAAAUUUUUGUAAAAGCACUCUUUGUAAAGGACCACAUGCAGUAGUUUAGAAGCAACUCAAGUUCUAACUUUUGUAACCCAUUCUGUGUGAACCACUUUCUCUUUUUGUACAUGAUUGAUCUAACCCGGAUGUAUUAACUCGUUUUUUCCUAUUGAUUUGAAGCUGAACAACUUUAUUUAUUCCAAAAAAACAAAACCUUACUUGGUCAGUAACCCACGGAAUAAUAACAGAUAUAUAAAGAGAUAACAACAUAUGUACACAAAUAGAUAAAAACACAAUCUAACAUGAUAUAAUCCUGCCAAAUAGGAGACAAAAAUUAAGUUGCCUUAAUAGCCUUUGAGAAAGACUCUGCUAGGGUCAAAGUAUCAGGCCUCCAACUAUUUUUGUUCCAUUCAGAAAUUAAAGAUAUUUAUUACCAUCUUGUGAAAACCGUAUGAUUUUAGGCAGCUCUUUUCCUUUAUAAGGAAUUUAUUUAGUGCUUGUCCGAAAAAAAAAAAUUCCACAAUGUUGAUUUGGGUGCACUUGGUUUUGGGGUCAUUAAAACCAUUCAUUCUGUAAAAUCAUCACCAUACGCCCAGACUUAUGAUAAUCUUUUGUAUUUUUUGCACCGCUAUUUUCAGGUAAAAUGUCAGGAAAAUAAGAAACAGAAAUACAUGGUUUUGUUUUUAGGGUUUCAGAUUCUAUGUUUACAUAGGAAAAGUUGGGAAAUGUAAAUUCAGUUCAAAACCUUUUCCUGGAUCCCAUUGCGGCUGUUUGCUCUAAGCAUUUCGAGUGCAAGCCACUUGCAGCCGUUUUGGUCUCUUAAAGGCAGUGGACACUAUUGGUAUUUACUCAAAAUAAUUAUUGGCAUAAAACCUUUCUUGGUGACGAGUA